AUGUGUAUUAGACCUUGUAAAGAUGAUAAAUAUUGGUGUACAAGAUGUUCAGAAAGAAAGCCAAAAAUAAUCUUUAAAAAAUUUAACGGAGAAGAUGAAAGAAUUGUAGAUAUUCAGUAUAUUGCUGAUGGAGGAUUUUCAUCUGUUUGUACUGCAAAAUGGCUUGAUGGCUAUCCCCGUGAACAAAUUGGAUUAAGAUCUCGAAAGGGACUAGUUACUGUAGCACUUAAAAUAUUUAAGGAUGGUUAUGUGGGACUUUCAGCUGAUGAGCCACCAUUUAAUAACAUACAACAUGAUGCUCUUUUAAUUUUAAGUAUAUGCGGGAGAUAUCACCCAGAUAUCAUUAAUAACACCCGACAUACUUGUCCAUACUUGGAAUCUGUAGAAAUGGUUAAGGCGAUGAUUCAAGAAAAAUGUAUUGCGAGUACUCCCAAACGUAAUUUGACAAAGAAACAUUCUAAUACUGCCUAUGCGAGAAAAUUUAUAUCAAUAAUUAUAAACAAUGAAAAUUCAGAUAUUAAAUAUAUUUAUUAUUCACGAAGAUUUAGCAUUUGUGAAUUCA